AGUGAACCAACGAAAGAGCGACGUGGAGACCACGCACACGCCCUUUGCGAAGUGGCAACACUUGUGACAGAGCGAAAGCAGUUAAGGAGAGGAGGAGGUACUCGUCAGUAGGAUACCAUCAAGCAAAAACGACCGAGGCACGGAGAAAGCUUCGGGAGCACGCUUCCAAUUCCUUCCUGACUCCGCCGAUAAAAAAAGAAAACAAGAAAACACCCCCUCCCCCCCCCAAAUUCUCCACUUCCUAAGUUAUUCAUGAGACGGAGGAUUCACAGCAGCCGCAAUGGGGGAACCUAAAGCGACGUCGUUGACCCUCCCACCGGGUUGCCGAUUCUACCCUUCCGACGAGCAGCUCCUCUGCUACUACCUGAGCGGCAAGAACUCCGACCCGAACUCCGGCCAUGGUGCUCGGUACGGUUGCGAUUUGAUAUCGGAGCUGGAGUUGUACGGAUACGAUCCAUUCGAGUUGCCGGAAAGGGCGUGCUAUUCGUACGGUUACGGUGGGAUGAAGACGCACUGGUUCUGUUACACGGUUAGGGUAGUGAAGGAGAGUCGAGGGAGGAGGAGGGCCAAGAGCGGGUAUUGGAGGAGGAUGGGGAGAGCCAGGGAAGUGGUCGGGUCGGGAGGGAAAGUGGUGUUGGGGACCAGGACCAGCUUCAUCUUCUAUUUGGGUAAUUCGCCCAAGACUGCCGUGCGGACUGAUUGGGUUCUCUAUGAAUAUGCCCUAAUUGAUCGUCCUAAGGCUUCUUUUGUCUUGUGCCGAGUUUUUGUCAAAUCGCAUGGUAGAAAUAGCACAUCAGAGAAUGUUUUAAAUUCUUGCGCUGAGGAAAGUGCUUCUGCAUUUCGUCACAUAGGAAUACAGACUUCUGAAAUUAACUCAUUUGGUAGAUUGAAUGAUAUGUCAAGAUAUCCAGUCAGUCCGGACAGUGAACCUGCUCAGAUCAUGACUGGGCCGGUUACUGUUUCAAGCAUUCAAUUUCCUUCAGAUAUUCAGCCUAAGGAACAGGUGACUUCUAGCAGUUUAGUCUCUUUAAAUGCUUUGGAAGCUGAGCAUUUACUCUCCAUUCUAAAGGAUGAUUUUAUAGAGUUGGAUGAUCUUGUGGAUUGAUUAUCUACAAAUACUACAAUGACGAAUCUCAAUGGUGUUGAUCUUAACCUUGCUGGUCAGGCUGAAGUUUCAUCUGAAACUAUAUCUUGAGAAUUGAAGACAUAGGCGCUUUUAUGCACUAAGAAACCUUUUAAGAAAAAGCAAAUGUAAAAACGUAUUAUCAGUUAUGAAGGUGAUAGAGAUGAGAUGGCUGGAUUAAUUUCCCAGUAAGGAUUUGAUCUAUGCCUAAAGAAGGCAAAUGCUCUAUGGAUGAACAAUAGUGCUACAUUGUCAUCAGCCGCCUCACGCCUCAUUUCUGGAUGGUAGAAUUCUCGUAAUUAUCACAUCCAAAAUUUACUUGUAAUUUUAGCAUGCUACUGUCUUAAUACAGAUUGUACCUUAUUUCCUAGUAAAUAAUUUUAUCAUGCACCUUUAUCAUACAUUACGACUGUAACAUUAUUAACUUAAAGAGGGUAUUUUUAGAUGAUUUGUUGAUAUA